AUGAUUCGGACCUUAGUGGCGAUCGCACAUUGGGUGCACAACGGAGACAAUGACAAGCCGACGCCUAUCAGGAGAGAAGACCUGCAAGAGCCACCCGAUUUUUGGCAGCGAACCCAUGGCAGGAGCAGGGACGCGGGUCUGUACCGAUUGUUGGCGCGAGAUCAAAGUCAAAGAACAAAGAUGCUUUUGACGACCCUCAGCUUCGUUUCGUCGUGGCCUUCCAACACUUCAAUACUCCUGGUGAGCAAUGCUCACGUGCCAGAGGCAGUGGGUUACGUUUCCAAGCAGGUCAUUGCUGAGCGGCCCAAAUGCUCACUCGGACCAAGGCCAUACUAUCACAAUUGGUGCCUGCCUUGGGAAGCCUUGAGAGUUCUUUGUAGUCACGGAAAUGACAGGCCUUGCAACCAAGGACCAGGGCUUUUGAAGUAUGAUGUGUUCGUUUACUUGGAAGAUGACGUUUUUGUUUCAGGUGAUGCCUUUGAGUUCUGGCGAGUCCAUGCCGAUGACCUCUACAGACGUGGAAUUUUCUUAGUACCGCAUUGUCGUGUAGAUUUCAACGGCACGCGUUACAUUGACCCUUGGGACUUCCCGUGCGAGUUGGUGAAAAGCUUUGAGCUUGCGCUUGGGGGAGCACAAGGUGUGCAGACCUUCUUCCAUUUCCCUUGGAUGAAUGGCAGAGGCUUCCUUAUGACAAAGGCCCAGUUUUCUGACUACAUUGAAUCAGGGGAUUGGGAUCGGCUUCAGUCUUGCUUUUCCGACAAGUUCUGGGGCAUGCGGGAAGGAGCAUACAUGGCUCCUCUCAUAAGACGUUCCAUUGGCUCCGUUGUGUCUCAUCAACGGCUGACGGUGCUACAUGCUGAUGCGGGUCAUUACACGAAGCUGCCACAUUUUGUGAUCAAAAGCAAUCGAAUUCCCAGAUGCAGCGCCUCCGGCCUGGAAAAGCACUUGGGUUUGCCGAGCCUCUAA